AUGGGACAAGGAGCUUCCAAAAACAAUGGUCAGUACCUUGCCAAGCCGAGCGGCGAAUGUUGCUUAAAGGGCAAUAUCCACAAGGGCGAGGCGCGAGGGUCUUGGUCAGUCAUUGCAGACGUUGACACCUACCUGUCGUGGCCGCCUGAAGGCAAAGCCAAUGGCAACAUCUUGCUCUACUUUCCUGAUGUUUGGGGCAUGUUUCCCAACGGGCUUCUCGUCAUGGACGCAUUCGCAGAUUCUGGGUACUUGGUUUUAGGUCUUGACUAUUUCCGCGGAGACCCUGUGUGGAAACAUCGAAAGAACCGCCAUGACACCGAUAACAAGGACUUUGACUACGAGGCAUGGAAGCGCAAGCACACCAAAUUCGCCGACGUGGCGGUGCCGAAGUGGGUUGAUGCCGUCAAGGCGCAGUACGGGCAAGGGAACACGAAGUUCGUGUGCGUAGGCUACUGCUUUGGCGCCCCGUACGUUUGCAAUGAGCUGGCCAAAGACACGGUCGUUGCGGGCGCCUUUGCGCAUCCUGCAUUUCUCCGAGAGCAUCAUUUUACCAACAUCAACAAGCCAUUGUUUCUGUCGUGCUCAGAAACAGAUCACACUUUCGAUCUACCAUCUCGCCGGCGAGCACUGGACAUCUUACAGUCGCAGAAGAGAAUUUACCAUUACCAACUCUUCUCGGGAGUUGAGCACGGUUUCGCAUUGCGCGGCGAUGAGAACGACCCUUACCAACUCAAACUUGCCCGUACCGUCACGAGACACCCAAUCAACACCGUUGGAACCAGCACCUUUGAGCAACGAUCUGGCACAAUGACUCCUCCUCGCGCACUUGACUUUACCGGCGACGUCGCUCUUGUGACUGGCGCAGGAUCUCGCAUGGAUGGUGAGAUCGGGAAUGGGCGUGCCGCAGCAAUCCUACUAGCACGGCAUGGAGCCAAGGUGGCCUUGGUAGACUUCAACGUUGACUGGGCCAAGGAGAGCAAGCGAAUGAUCGAUGAAGAGGGUGGCGUGUCUGAGAUCAUUCAAGCAGACGUCAGCAUGGAAGAGUCGUGCAAGAAUGCUGUUGCCAAGACGGUCGAGCUAUUCGGUGCCUUGCAUAUUUUAGUAAAUAUCGUUGGCGUCGGGGGCGCCAUUGGCGACGCUACCACAAUCAACUUGGAUGCGUGGGAGAGAGACUUCCGGAUCAACGUCACCAGCAUGGUCUUGAUGAGUCGUUACGCCAUUCCUGAGAUGAGAAAGCAAGGGCGGGGAUCUAUCAUCAACAUGUCCUCAGUCAGCGGUCUUCUCGGUGGCAACCCUAGUUUACUUUACCCCACCACCAAGGGCGCCAUCAUCCAAAUGACAAGAGCUAUGGCGGCGCACCAUGGACCUGAGAAUAUUAGAGUCAAUUGUGUGGCUCCCGGCAUGGUGUACACACCAAUGACCCGCGGCCGCGGCAUGACAGAUGAAAUGAGACAGGCCAGAGUGAACCAGAACUUGAUGAAGAAAGAAGGCACUGGCUGGGAUGUAGGGCAUGCUAUCUUGUUUCUUGCCAGCAAGGAAGCCGGAUGGAUCACAGGUCUCAUCAUGCCGGUAGAUGGUGGUACAACUGCAGGCAAAGCUGAUAGACCGGCGCUCAAGGCAGACACAUUGGCAGAGGCGAACACUGGCAUCAGUAAUUGA